CUUGCCCUUUUCCUUUUCGUCUCCCCGCCUCGUCGCUCCCUUCCUCCGCCAAUCAUGAUCCAGCGGCGACGAGUAUUCUACAUCCUCCUCGUCAUCCUAGGACUCGUCCUCGCUGGCACCGUCAUCGUCCUCAGUUCCGUCACCUACUACCUCGCCAUCGACCCGGACGCCUAUCUCUCGGAGACAGAGGUCCCCAUCCUCGACAACUCCACCCGCUGGAAUGCCUCAGACUACGGCCAGAUAGAGCGCAUCCCCCGCAUCAUCCACCAGACAUGGAAGUCGGAGACCCUCCCCACUCGUUGGAAGGACAUCUCACAGCACUGCCGCGACAUAAUGCCCGACUACGAGUACAUGCUCUGGACGGACGCGAUGGCGCGCGAGUUCAUCGCCGAACACUACUCAUGGUUCCUUGACACAUAUGACGACUACCCGUACAACAUCCAGCGCGCCGACGCGAUCCGCUACUUUGUGCUCCACCACUACGGCGGUGUGUACAUCGACCUGGACAUCGGCUGCGAGCGUCCCCUCGAUCCGCUGCUUGUCAACCCGGUCAUACUCCCCAAAACAAUCCCCGUCGGUGUGUCCAACGACCUGAUGUUCGCCGAGAAGGGGCACCCCUUCCUCGCGCAGACGAUCCACAACCUCGUCACCUUCGACCACUCCUGGGUGCUCAACUACCCCACCGUCAUGUUCUCUACCGGGCCCAUGUUCCUGUCCAUGCAGUACUCCAUCUUCUCGUCCUCGCAUCCGUUCGAUCCCCAGAUCCGGAUCUUGCCCAAGUCGCUCUACGGCAAGAACGCCAAGGAGGGCGAGGCCCCUCACUCGUUCUUCGCGCACUACUACGGUAGCAGCUGGCACGCCGAUGACGCGUCGUUCAUAGCCUUCCUGAACCACUGGGGCAAGGGUCUCAUGUGGGUGGGUCUGGUGGUGCUUGUUUAUGGUCUUAUCCGCAUGAUGUGGCCAAGCAAGCAGCGUCGGCACGGCCUGCGUCUCACCGCGCACGACGUCCUUCGGAGCAGCCGCUACGGCAACUGGCAGAUCCAACUUGGCGGCUGGUCGACACCCAUGUCUGCGUCGUCGCCAUCGACACCGGACCCCGAGAGCGCGGACCGACCAGAAGUUCCGCUUCUCGGCCUUCCCUUCGAUGUCUCUGCACCGACUUCCCCUGCUUCGUCGGAGGCGUCUACGGCGUUCACGGACUACAUUGGGCGCCAACCAGCACCGUCUACCACCGCGCUUGACAUUCUCCGUGGCGUUCGGGAUCGCGUUGUGGCAAUCACAGGCUACGGGGCCCAGGUCCCUGCGCACCGCCGUCGUCAUCACCGACACAGGCGUGGCGUCCUCUUCUUCCUGCCUGCCAUCUUCGCGCCGGCCCCCGACAUCGAGCUUGGCGCGGGCAUCGGGCGCAACCCGCCACCGUACACGCCGACGUCGCCGUGGAUCCAGCGCCCGGAGAAGGACCCGCAGCGGUUCGUGGAGACUGCGGAGGAGGAGUCUGGCUCGGGCCCGUCGCGCUGGGAGGCACCGACGGCGGACAGCUCCGCCCUGGUGGACUUGGACGAGGCGAUUCCGAGGCGGUCGACAGGACCGACUCCGCCGCGCUCCCGGAGCGGAUCGCAGCAGCGGAUAUGAUAGACCGACGUGACGACUACCCUUCCCGGCCCUACUCCACGCACAGAGGAUACCCUAUUAUUCGCCCUUCGCAUUCUUGCAUCUCGCCUUUGCCCGCACGAUGUGUUAACAUUAUCGCUCCCCUCGCAUCCACCCACACAAUUUCCCCUUUGCCUUCACACAGGUCCCCUCGCCCCACACAACCCCCAACCAAACCCAAAGCACCGUACUUUAUACCGCGCAGGUGCCGCGCGCGGGCUUGUCUUCGCGCAUACCCAGCGGUCUUCUUGCUUUAUCUAAUUCUCUUGUCGGGAUAUGGUACUCGUUCGACUAGUAUGCGGGGCGGGGUGGGCUGGUGGUGUGUGUGCGUCUUGCUUGCUUCUGGUGUGUGGAGAUGGGCUUUUCUGUCUGUUGGCGCGUCUGUUUGUACUCCUUGGCGUGCCUGUACGUGGUUGGCGUGGGUGGUGCCUUUGACGCGUCUACUCGUGGUCGUUGGCGUGGGUGGUGCCGUCGGCGUGGAUGGUGUCGCUAGCGGUGCUAGCGCACGGGUGUCUGGCGGUGGCAGUGACGGUGGCGAGAGACUUUACACAUAGUAGGGCUUUGGGCAUCGUUGGACACAGAACUCUAUUAUGCGACACAAUGCCUAAAGCCGUCCGUUCUUUUUCUUUCUCCAGUAGCGUGUGGAUAUAUUGUAGACGAAAAGAGAAACAAACACUCAUUGUACAAAU